UCGUACACAAGCAUUUCGCCUUUCAUGUGGUCUAAAGCUCUUAGAGACGUGGAGAAUUUAAGACGAACAACAAAAAAGUGAUGUGUUUGCUUCCAAUAGUAGUUGGAUUUCGGUUUCUCAAAGUAUAAUCAUCAAGAAAAAGGACUGUUCAGUUCAGGAGAAGGAAUGGCGUUGCAAUUCAGCAGUGCCUGUAACUUUGCUUUGAGCCAGAAAAGGGUUGAGAGAAUCAGGGCAGUUGCUUCGAACGAUUUUAUUAAGGUGAAAACCGAGGAAGAUAAGCUUGUGAAGUUGGGUGGUUCUGAUUUGAAGCUCACAAAGCUCGGGAUUGGAGCUUGGUCAUGGGGCGACACCAGUUACUGGAACAAUUUUGAAUGGGAUGAUAGGAAGAUGAAAGCUUGUAAGAACGCAUUUGAUGCUAGUAUUGAUAGUGGUAUAACUUGGUUUGAUACUGCUGAGGUUUAUGGCUCAAGGUUCUCAUUUGGUGCAAUAAAUUCUGAGACGCUGCUGGGAAGAUUUAUCAAGGAACGGAAGAAAAAGCAUCCAGAAGAUGAGAUAGCUGUUGCAACUAAAUUUGCUGCAUUGCCAUGGAGGCUUGGGCGCCAAAGCGUCCUCUCGGCCCUUAAGGAUUCAUUGAGUCGACUCGAGCUUGAUUCAGUGGAACUCUAUCAACUCCACUGGCCAGGAAUUUAUGGAAACGAAGGAUAUAUUGAUGGUCUUGGAGAUGCUGUGGAGCAAGGGCUGGUGAAGGCUGUUGGAGUCUCCAACUACAGCGAAGAGCGACUUCGUGUGGCUUAUAAGCAGCUAAAGAAGCGAGGUAUCCCCUUGGCUUCAAACCAAGUCAAUUACAGUCUCAUUUAUAGGAUACCCGAGGAGAAUGGUGUGAAGGCCACGUGCGACGAACUUGGCAUCUCUUUAAUAGCAUAUUCACCCAUCGCUCAAGGUGUUUUGACCGGAAAGUAUACACCACAGAACAUCCCUACAGGACCUCGAGGAAAUAUUUACACUUCCAAGUUCCUAACUGAGCUGCAACCUCUUAUUAACAGGAUCAAAGAGAUUGGACAGAAUUACGACAAAACUCCAACACAGGUGGCUCUCAACUGGCUAAUAGCUCAAGACAAUGUGAUCCCAAUUCCAGGAGCCAAAAAUGCAGAACAAGCGAAAGAGUUUGGUGGGGCGUUGGGUUGGAGACUAACUAGCGACGAGGUUAACGAGCUUCGUGCAUUGGCUUCAAAAUCAAAACCCACGAUGGGUUUUCCCGUUGAAAAAAUGUAAACUAACAAUGCCCAUUUCAUGUUUGUCGAAAUACGUUAAAUAUAUGUAUAUGCAAUAGGUUCAGCAGUGCGUUAACUCGAUCA